AUGGCCAAACCGCAAAACCUGGAUAAGCUGGUGUUGUCCAUCCUGGCAACUGUGGUGGCGGUGACUGGCUUGUCCCUGAUCGUUGCCGGGUCGUUUGUCCCCAGGUGGGCCAAACCACUCAACGUCAGCAGAACCGACGCCAACACCACAUACAGCCUCUGGGGCAGGGAGGACUGCUACGGCCUCAUCUACUUCAGCAAGGUGCCAUCAUUGCUGUUUGUGGCCAGAGCAUUCAUCAUACCAUCGUUCUGUGCCGGCUUGAUCUGCAUCAUCCUCUACAUAGUCAAGAUCAUCGUGCUGGUGCUACGCCCGUCCUAUCGACGCAUUCACAUCAAGGCAGCAUAUUUGACAUUCUCUGCUGUGGCAGGUGUCUCUGCAGGUAUUGCUGUGGUGAUCUUUGUCACCAUGCUGGAGAGUGAAGUCUACGAGCUUCUUUGGGCCCCAGCGCUUCCAGGGGUUGGAGGCCUUCUCUUCAUUUGUAUCUCUAUAGGUGAGCUCCAUGUCUGUCAUUGUCACAAACACAAGUACACUUGUAUCUCUAUAGGUGAGCUCAGUGUCUGUCAUUGUCACAACACCAGUACAUUUGUAUCUCUAUAG